AUUAAAUUACUCAGCAGAGGUCUGGGGAUUUACUAAAUCUAAAGAAAUAGAGAGAAUUCACUUAAAAUUUUGUAAAAGACUAUUGAGAGUUAGAACUAAUACUUGCAAUGCGUGUGUUUAUGGGGAAUUAGGCAGAUACCCUUUGUAUUUGCAUAGAUACAUUCAUAUAUUAAAAUAUUGGUUCAAGAUUGUUACCACUGACAAUAUUAUUAUCAAAACAGUAUAUAACCGAGCUGUAUACUAUUGCACUAAAGGUUGUCGCAAUUGGGUUUAUAAUGUUAAAAAAAUGUUAAAUGAUUUUGGCUUUAGCCACGUCUUUGAUAAUGUUCUAAAUAUUGAUGUAGCUGUCUUUAUUGAAUCUUUCAAGUGUAGAUUAUACGAUACUUUCAAACAAGAUUGGUUCAGAACAGUUGAAAAUAGUAGCGUAUUGGAUAUAUAUAGAACAGUUAAAUCAUGUUUUGCAUAUGAAACUUACUUAGAUAUUAUACCAGGAAAUUUAAGAUUUUACUUUAGUCGAUUACGUCUAUCUGUUCAUCCGCUUCGUAUUCAAACUGGUAGAUAUGCCAGAAAUAACAUACCUAGAGCUGAAAGAUAUUGUCAAUGCUGUAAUUCUUUGGAUAUCGAAGAUGAAUUUCACUUUAUAUGCAUCUGUUCUCAUUUUGAUGCUCUUAGAAGAAAAUAUUUAAAGAAAUACUAUUUUGUAAAGCCGUCAGUAUUUAAAUAUAUCCAGUUAAUAAAUUCAACUAACAGAACGGAACUUAUAAAACUUUGUAUCUUUGUUAAAGAAUCUCUUAAAAUAAGAUCAAACUUACUAAAUGUCAAUACUUAAUUUCAUUUAUAAACCAUGUUCACCUUCUCAUUUAUUAUUUAUUGUCUUUUUUCUUUUUUUUUCUACAUAUUUGUUUGUUAUAAUUUGUAUUUAUUAUUGUUUAUUAUCAUUGCCCAUACACGUUGACAAAUUGUAUUAUAAUAUGUAUGUGUUGUGACGAUGUACUAUGUGCAAGUCAAUAAACUGUCUGUCUGUCUGUCUGUCUGUCAAUAUGCAAAUUCGAGUGUGAAAUAAUAUAUUUUUAUACAUAUAUUUUUUUUCUUCAUAAUAUUGAUAUAGUCUAAAAUAAUAGACGUGUUAUACGGGAUUCUUCCAAUCCCUAACGUCUAAACGGGAAUGUGCAAAAAACGGGGGUGUUUUAAAAAAUAUUGAAAUUGUUUUAAGUGAAGUAUUUUAUGGUUGAAAUUGAUCAUAAAGAGUUAUAUUCAUAUUUUACCAUGGCGGGUGAGAGAUGGCCGAUGCUUAUAAUGAAUUGUCGGAGCGAGUGUGUGAAGUGUUAGACCAUCUCGGUUACAGCGAGUCCAUUGUUAUGUUCCGAAGGGAGAUAUGGAGACAGAGGGACUUGCAACGGAACAGCCAGGAAAAACACCGCACCAGAAUCACUGCCGGUAGUAAGAUGGAAGGUUUCUCUGCGCCGUGUGAGAGCGACACGGAUUACGUGUUUCUCGACAACUACACCGUGUGCGCUCUUGUCGGUGACACGUCUCAUACACCGCCUGAAAGCCUCACCGCUCUAACCCUGCACGCCGAGCAAUGCAGUCCGGGGCACUUUUGGUUAGAAUUGAAGCAUACUGGAUCUGUUGAAAAUAUGAAUAUACAAAAAGCCUUGUUCAUCCAUGAAGAUGGACGAAAGUUUCUGUCUAGCUAUGAAUUCAGGAAAUCGUUCAUCCUUAAUGACAAAAUAGAAUCAAUAUCCGGGCCAGCUUUGACGAAGAGUAACGAAUACCACAGCUGGGACCAUGUGUUCGCAUUUCGCUGUACCAGUCAGCAACAGCUAUUAAUGGAGUGGGCAAGUAGACCAAGGCCCCAUGGCUGGCCGUCACCGGGGCUGGUGCGGGAAGUUCUACAACAAGACGCACAAAUAGUGCCUGUUGGAUGCAAAAGCAGUGGAAAUAAAGACGUACAGUGGAGGGCUUGCUUCAUUCCUAGUGAGAAAAAAUUAUCGGAUUCAUGGAAUGAAUUUCAAUAUAAAAUGUACAUACUUCUGAAGUUUUUGAAGAAAACAGAGUUGAAACCAAUUUCAGAUGAAAUGUCUUCAUAUUUAAUGAAGAAUGUCAUGUUUUGGUUCGUAGAGGGAAAGCCAUUGGAUGUAUUCACAAAGUCAACAUUACUUGUUAAUGUCCAGUCUUGUCUGAAAAUGUUCCUGAAAGCCCUUAAAGACAAUCAUCUAUCAUAUUACAUGAUUCCAGGCCGAAAUCUCCUAACAGGUAGAAUCAACCCACAACAACGACAUAAACUCAUUGUGAAACUUGAAGAGCUCAUACAAGAAGGGCCCCGCAUCGUGUUCCGAUGUCCAAGAGUUGUAGAGGCCUUGCAGCUGCCACCAUCCGAGCUCGAGGGGAAGGGUUGCUGGAGGGACAAGCUGGAGAGGCUGUUCCGGGCGAGUGAGAACAUCGGCUGGUCACACUGGCGGCCCGGCAUGACGCGCGAGGAGGUGGACCGCUGCACGUGGGCCGACCCGGACUUUACCGCAAUCAAAGACCUGAUGGCUGACAUGGUCUGGCCGCAGUGGAGGCAGCAUCAGGAACAGGAUAUGAAUGAGGUGCUGUACAGAAAAGUAGCUGAUGCUUUGUCAUAACUUGACAACGAUAUAUACAAAACAAAACGAUUUAAAUAGAAGACAAUAGGAUUCCACUACUCUUCAGUUCAUAACUUUAAUUUGGUUCUGAAUUAGAAUUAAUGGUUUGUUAUAAUAUAUAUCGCUAUAUAUACACAUUUGUACACACCAUAAUAUUCGUAGAGUAUCUUGUUUUAUAUAUAUAUAUAUAUAUAUAUAUAUAUAUAUAUAUAAAAUGGCUUAUUAUUAUAUUGAACAUUUAGUUGUGUCGAACUUUUAAACAAUCGUUACAUAAAGAUAUUAAUAUUAUUAUUAGCAACUCGCUAAUAAUAUUAUUAAUAACUUUAUGUUACGUUUAUUUCCACAUAAGGAUUAUGUUACAAUGUACUGACACAUUUAGUGUCAUUCGGUUGUAAUCGUCCUGAAAAAGGCCCCACGUAAGAGAAUGGAAUAAUAGAAGUGACAUGAUCUUUGUUGACAAAUUGAAAAGUGAACGUUGGCGACAUGACCCACAGGGGUAUAUGAGAGACACAUUGGAGGUUGUAUUACGGGCGGUGUACCUCCAUGGACCAUCGUUGGUGGCUGGCCGAGGCGUUCAAAUACUGCUGAAUUGCAGAAUCUUUCAGCUUUCAGUCGUUGUUUCUCCAAACAUUUCCUUUGUUGCAGAACUACUGUGCGGUGUCAUAAGUUACGACCUAUUAUGUACGUGAAGUUAGCGACCAAGCGUCCUGACAGCCCAGCAGAUGAAGUAAGCGGUCUAGCAGCGUGAAGUCAGCGGCCUAGCGGCCUGAAAUUGAUGACUGUUGGCUUAAAUGGUUUCAAAGCAUAGUUUUAUGCGUUUUCUUCAAACGUUGUUUAUACACAAAUUAACAUCCUGUAGCGAUUAUUAGCAUUUUCCAAAAGUCGAUCUAGCAUAUGCCUGCGGCCUAGCGGCCCAAAAUUGUUUUAUUUUCAAAGGCAUUGUUUGUGUUUGCUUAAAAAUAAAAUAAAAAAAAUAGCGUUUUAUGCACAAAUUAACAUCAUGUAGGCUAUUUUUUAUUUUAUUUUUAAGCAAACACAAACAAUGCCUUCGAAAACAAUAACAAAUUAACGAUUUUAUGAUCAAAUUAACAUCCUCUUGCAAUAAAAAAUAUCAGCAUUUUUCUGUUACAAUCGAAAACUAAGUCAAAACUGUCAUUUUACAGCCCCCAACAGACAAUGACUAUCCUUCAAGCAUUCUUCAUUCCCCCCCCCCUUAAAAUCGAUCUAGUGUCCCAACGGGCUGUCGGCGUGACGUUAGGGGCCUAGAGGCCUACAAUUGUUUUCUAUGUCAAAGUAUUUUUUGAGGCGUUUUCUUUUGAAUAAAACACAAUCAUUUA